UGAAUUGCUUCUUCAAUCUUUUGGAUUAGAAAUAUGCAAACAUGCCUAGCAUCAUUGCUCCAUAUCGUGGUGUACCUUACUACUAGAAGAAUGUUACUACGUCAUUGUUUUCGUGCUUGAACAGGAUGUAGUACUGGGAAAGAUGCAAACUAUCUUAUUAUCUUAUUGGUUCAUAUUUCGAAAAAUCUUCUGCUUACAUACAGUAUUUUGCUAAUAUAGGUUAAAUAUUCUUGCUGAGCUGCUGUGUUUUGGGGAUCGAGAGUUCUAUAAAGAUUGCUGAAAUGCAAAAAUAGUUGAGGAGGUAAAACCACCUUCUUAUUGGCACUUGCCGGAAAACUGGACAAAUCCCUAAGGUUACAGGGGAGAUUCCAUACAAUGAUUACAAGCUAGAUCAGUUUGUUCCUCAAAAAACUCCAGCGUACAUAAGCCAACACAACCUUCACGUACCUGAGAUGAUUGUAAGAGAAACAAUCGAGUUUUCAGCCCGCUGUCAACGUAUUGGAAGCAGAGCUGUCAAAUUUGCUCAUGCAAAUAUAAUACUAGAGGUUAGCAGGAGAGAAAAGGAAGCAGGAAUUGUUCCUGAUCCAGAUAUUGACACCUACAUGAAGGCAAUCUCAGUUGAAGGACAAAAGAAAAACCUCCAAACUCACUGUUUUGAAGUGAACGCUAGAUGUGGCACUUCUCAACACCAGAUGAGGCACGUCUCAACACCAGAUGAACCAACUGAGGGAAUUUAAUGUUUUUUCUCAUGUCCAACCAUUUUUGUAACCAGUAUCAAAAGCAACUUUGGUUAGAAUGUUGAUUUUGGAAAAUCGUCAAUAGCCAAGCUUAGUCUGUUUGGAACUUUGAUUUUUGAAACAUGUAAAUAUAUGAAUCUGGUUAGAACACCAGAUUUUGAGAUACGUAAACAUAUAUUGUUCAAUAAAAAAUGUACACAUAUACCCUCAGCAUCACACGGGAUGUCUACCUAGACUCCAAGUUAACCUAUAUGGCAGUUUGUCAGUUCAGUUUAUCUUCACCCUCACAGAUAGAGUGAGUAUGAAGCUCUUGAGCAAGUUUCAGGCUUUGGAAGGCGAAAAGCUUGCAAUGGAAAAACAGAUUAGGGCAUUGAAGGGAGGAAUUGAUGAAAUUAGGAACAGAGAAUCAAGUCAUACUCCCGCAGCAACGCGCGGGCAACUGUUGCUAGUCUUG